AUGGCGAGUGCCGGUGAAAUAAUUCAGAUCAUUGCGAAUUUGAAAGCAAUUCCCAACAUUGGCAAUCUCAACAGAGAAGAGGUGGAACAAUUGCAAGAACGAUGCAAUUCAAGCAUCAUCGGCAUAGCGCAAUUCUUCCCAGAGAUAGAGUUUCAGUCGCCUCGCAUAGGCGAUGAGAAACUUAUUACAAAGUGGCUUCAUACCAAUGCGAUGAUUAUUUUUGAGACGACAAAUUUGAGCGAGUGGUAUGAGGAGCACGUUAAAGCUUAUAUAGAUAAACGCAUCGAUUCAUUUUGUGAAAACGGCAGCGGCUGGACGGUAAAUAGAAUCAUCAAAUUAACCGUCGUUAUGCUCAAUUAUGAGCCUUUUAAGGGCGCGUCUUUUAUUCCUUUACCAAAAUCAAUAUCUAAUAAGGGCGCAACUGUAAAUGUUAAAAAUGAUGACAAUAAAUGCUUCAUGUGGAGUAUUCUCGCGGCAUUGCAUAAAGACAAACCAAACCGCUGUAGAGUCCAAAAUUACUUACCUCAUGUAAACGAGCUUAACUUUGGGGGUCUCGAAUUCCCAAUCAAAGUAUGCGAUAUCGAUGAAUUUGAAAGAUUAAACCCUACCAUAGCGAUAAAUCUCCACAAGCUGAGAUUAAAAAAUGAUAAAUAUAUUGUAAACCCGUGUCGACAAUCAAAAAAAGACUACUUGCAUGAUAAAAAUAUAAAGCUCAUAGAUUUGCUAUAUUUGCAAAAUUAUUAUAAAGACGAGGGAAUGAAUGAUGUCGAAACAGCUAAACUAAAUUAUCUCGAAGAUCAGUCGGUGGCGCACGCGGAUGAAAUUAAGGCCCAUUACGUUUUGAUAACAUCUAUGGAAGCAUUAUUGAAUUCACAAAUAAGUAGAAAUGGUCAUAAAAUUAAUCUGUGCAGCGGAUGCUAUACUCGCUUUCGCAGCAAGGAAAAGCUGGAGGAACACAUACCACAUUGCAAUAAAAUGAAUGGCUUUACGAGGGUAAAAAUGCCGGAUACAAAAAACAAUGAAGAUAUUUUAUGUUUUAAAAAUUAUAAACAUAAACUUAAAAUACCUUAUGUACUUUAUGCUGAUUUUGAAACAGUAUUAAAACCGUCUACUGAUUCAAGCAACAUAACACACAGACAUGAGGCAUUUUCAAUCGGCUACUAUCUAAAAUGUAGCUUCGAUGAAAGUCAGUCGGUCUAUAGAUCGUAUCGUAUGACUCACGAAGAUCAAAUGUCGCCUGCCACAUGGUUCGUGCAUGAACUUUCAUCGAUCGCUGAUCGACUCGAGAAGAUCUACAAGACACCCAAAAAAAUGAUUAUUACAGAAAAACAGCAAGAAGAAUUUGAAAAGGCGACGAUUUGCUGCAUCUGCAACAAAUUCAUGAAUCGACAUCAUGAAACAAACUACCCUGUGCGGGACCACGAUCACUUUUCGGGGUUGUAUAGGGGUGCGAGUCACAACAAGUGCAAUUUGCAAUAUGUAGACUCUCGCUGUAUUCCAGUAGUUUUUCAUAAUCUGUCAAACUACGAUGCGCACAUUUUCAUUCAAGAGCUCAAUGCGCUAAUCAAGGGCGGUGUUAAAGUACUGGGCGCCAAUAAGGAGCGCUAUAUUACAUUCUCCAAGUAUAUUCAUGAUAGUAUUAUAAGCUAUAGGUUUAUAGAUUCGCUCAAGUUUUUACUCGCCUCCCUCGACACAGUUUCAUCCAGACUGACCGAGAAGCCAAUCGUUCAAAAAGUUUUCACAACAGACGAUAACUACAACUCGGAAGACAUCAAUUUAUUGACGAGCAAGGGGAUAUUCCCAUACGAAUACAUCACAGAUCUCUCCAAGCUCUCCGAAACCAGCCUACCGCCGAUAAAAUCAUUUUAUAGUUCUCUAAGUGAUUCGAGCGUGAGCGAAGAAGACUAUACACACGCUCAAAAAGUAUGGAGCACCUUCGAUGUAAAAGAUAUCGGUCAAUAUUCAGACAUUUAUUUAAAAACAGACGUUUUGUUGCUAGCCGAUGUCUUUGAAAAUUUUCGUGAUAGCUGUCUCAAGUAUUACGAGCUCGAUAGUGCGUAUUAUUGUUCAACCCCCUCUUUUACCUGGUCGGCCAUGCUCAAGUAUACCGAUAUAAAGCUAGAGUUAAUAACAGACGUCGAUAUGUACAUUUUUAUCGAGCGUGGUUUGAGGGGCGGGCUUACACAGGCCAGCAGUCGCUUUGCAAAAAGUAACUGUAAGUACAUGCGAGAGGGUUACGAUCCGAGCAAGAUAGAUAAUUAUUUGAUGUAUUUCGAUGUGAAUAAUCUGUACGGCUACGCGAUGAGUGAGCCUCUACCAUAUGGUGACUUUUAUUGGGUUGACGAGAAAGAAGUCGAUGUAACAAAUUCCAAAAGCAUUAAACGUUUCCUCGAGCCCACAGGUGAGGAUGGAUAUAUUCUCGAGGUAGAUUUGAAAUAUCCGAAAGAAAUACACAACGACCACAGUGAUUUGCCUUUUUGCCCGGAACAUAAAACACCACCCGGAGGCAAAUCUAAGAAACUUUUGGCUACUCUACACGACAAGAAAAACUAUGUCAUACACUACUCUCUUUUGAAAGAGGCGCUCGACCAUGGCUUAAUUCUCGAAAAAGUACACAAAAUUCUUCACUUUAAUCAAAAACCUUGGCUCAAGAAAUAUAUCAAUCUAAAUACGCGCAGACGUCAAGAAAGCACCAACGACUUCGACAGAAAUCUAUUCAAAUUGUUUAACAAUGCCUGCUUUGGAAAGUUUAUCGAAAAUAAAAGAAAAAGGGUGGAAAUACACCUUACAAAUCAUUGGGAUCGUAGAUAUGGCGCAUCGUACUACAUCUCCCAACCCAAUUUUCAUAGCAUUGAGUAUUUUAAUGAAGACUUUGCGGCUAUACAGAUGCGCAACACUAGCAUAUACCUUGACAAGCCGGUAUAUGUCGGUCUCAGUAUACUCGACAUAUCAAAGCGUCUCAUGUAUAAUUUUCACUAUGACAUCAUGCGCAAUGCGGUGAGUACACCGAAGAAUUUGAAACUUUUGUAUACAGACACAGACAGUUUCAUAUAUUCGAUUUACGACGACGACAUAUAUGAAAUCAUGAAGAAGAAUAUUCAACAUUUCGACACCUCGGAAUAUCCCAACCCCAACCAAUUCAACAUGCCGCGAGUAAACAACAAAGUUAUUGGACUGCUCAAAGACGAAUUUAAAGGUUCGAUCUUCCUAGAGUAUGUGGCAUUGAGAGCAAAAGCCUAUUAUUGCAAAUACGAGCAGAAUGCCAAAGCCGAUGCCGAAUUAAAAAAAGCAAAGGGUGUAAAUAGACAUGUGGUGAAAAAAACAAUCACAGGUGAGCAUUACAAACAAUGUCUGUUUGAAAACGGCAUGAUUUCGCGCGAACAAUAUGGAUUUCGCAGCAGAAAGCAUAAACUAACAACCGAAAAAAUUACUAAAAUUGCACUUAGCCCACAUGACGACAAGCGCUACAUUAUACCCGGACAAGUAUAUACGAUGCCAUGGGGACAUUACUUGAUUACGGAUGAGAGAGGGGUUGAUGAGAAUGGGGCUGAUGAGAAUGAGAGUGAUGAGAGUGGGAAUGAUGAGAGCGAUGAGAGUGGGAGUGCUGAGAGUGUGAGUGGUGAGAGUGAUAAGAGUGGGAGUGCUGAGAGUGAGGGUGACUAUCUUCCUUCUCCAUCGAAGAAAAGUCGUAUCGUUUGA